GUGAGGAAGAGGAUGUGAAAGAGAGGAAACAGCAGCUAUGCUGCAGGGCUAGGGAGGGAGGAAGAGACUGAGUGUGUGGGGAAGGGGGGAAGAAUGAGUUAGGAACGGUGAGAUUAGGAGAGGAAAAUAUUGGAGACAGACGGUGACAUAGGCUUGCAAGGGGGAGAGAGGAGAGAGAGAGAGAGAGAGAGAGAGAGAGAGAGAGAGAGAGGAGAGAGAGAGAGAGAAAUGCAAAUAUCAGGUGAGGACAGAUACCAACUCUGAGACGCAGCAUCUGAGACACAAAGAGAGGUGACAAACCCCUGUCACUGGAACCCCAGAGCCGGCUCUUGAUGGAGGAGGGCCGACCUCGGAGCAGCCUCAGCCUGGCCAGCAGCGCUUCCACCAUAUCCUCACUGAGCAGCCCGAGCACCAAGAAGCCUACGCGUGCAGUCCACAAGAUCCACACCUUUGGGAAGAGGAACAAUGCGCUGCGGAGGGACCCCAACUUGCCUGUGCACAUCCGAGGCUGGCUUUAUAAGCAGGACAGCUCGGGGCUUCGGCUGUGGAAACGCCGUUGGUUCGUCCUCUCAGGCCAUUGCCUCUUCUACUACAAGGACAGCCGAGAGGAGAGUGUCCUGGGUAGCGUCCUACUGCCCAGCUACAGUGUCAGGCCUGACGGGCCAGGGGCCCCCCGGGGCCGGCGCUUCACCUUCACAGCGGAGCACCCGGGAAUGAGGACCUAUGUCCUGGCUGCGGACACACUGGAGGACCUGAGGGGUUGGCUACGGGCUCUGGGUCGGGCGUCUCGUGCUGAGGGAGAUGACAGUGGGCUACCUAGGUCACCUGCACGUCCCCAGCCUGGUGAAGGCCCUGGUGGACCCGGGGGUCCCCCAGAGGUGAGCACAAAGGAAGAGAGGCACUUAUCAGAUUCACCAGAGGUGGCUCGGCUCUCCAGAGGUUGUGGAAGACAUGGACGGCUGACUCCCAGCCCCACAGCUGACUUGCAGUCUGGAACCUUGAGUGGGAGGACCAGGAGCCCAGAUCUAUUCAAACCCCUCUCUCACCCUCCCUCCCCUCUGAGCCGUCCCCGUCCCCGUUCCGCCCCUGCCCGGCGACCCCCUCCCUCAUCAGGAGACAUCUCACUCCCUGCUCGACCUCACACCCCCUUGAGUCGCAUCGAUGUCCGACCUCCUCUGGAUUGGGUACCCCAAAGACAAACUCUCUCCAGGACCCCCACUCCACGCCGAGGACUCUCCUAUGAGGCUGGAGGGGGACAGCCGCCCAGGAGCCCCCAGCCCUGGAGACAGGAGCCCAGAACACAGGCCUCCUCUGGUUCAUCCACCUAUCUCCAGCUGCCCCCGAGACCUCCCGGAACCCGGGCCUCCAUGGUUUUGUUGCCAGGUCCCCCGCUGGACUCAGCCUUCCACCAGAGCUUGGAGACAGAUACUCUGUUGACCAAGCUAUGUGGACAGGACCGGCUCCUGAGGCAGCUGCAGGAGGACCUGAACAAGAGGCAGGAGGAGAAGGAGCAGCUAGAGGCAGCCCUGGAGCUGACCCGACAGCAGCUAAGCCAGACACCCAGAGAGACAGCGGCUCCUGGGAGGGCCUGGGGCCGCCAGCGCCUCCUGCAGGACCGGCUGGUCAGCGUGAGGGCUACUCUGUGUCACCUGGCCCAGGAGCGAGAGAGUGUUUGGGAGACAUACACUGGCCUGGAGCAGGAGCUGGGCACCUUAAGAGAGACCCUGGAGUACCUGCUGCACCUUGGGUCUCCCCAGGACAGAGCAUCUGCUCGGCAGCAGCUGUGCAUGGUGGAAGACACACUGGCAGGUCUGGGUGGUCCCCAGAAACAGCCCCCACAUACUGAGACUGAGUCUCCAUCCCCUGCACUCCAAGGAGAAGAGUCCUCAGAACGAGAGAGCCUGCCUGAGUCUCUGGAACUUAGCUCCCCUCAGUCCCCUGAGGUGGACUGGGGGCGACUCCCAGGAAGUGACAGAGCCCUCACCAGCCCUAGCUCAGGUCUUGAGUCUCCAAGGGUCUCCAGGGCAUCCAGUCCCGAGGGUCGCCGCCCCCCAUCCCCAAAGCUGGGAACCAAGGCCCCCGUGGCUCGGCCCCGCAUGAGUGCCCAGGAGCAGCUUGAGCGCAUGCGCAGGAACCAGGCGUGUGGGCUCCCCCUCCCUCGUCCUGCCUCCCCCAGGCUCCUGACCCUGGGGAGGGCAAUGUCCCCAGCCGGACGCCAGCCUGAUACAGAGCAAAGGCCUGUUGUAGGAGCUGCAAAAUGGCUCCGGAGCUCUGGGUCCUGGAGUAGUCCCAGGCAUGCCACACCUUACCUGCCAACAUCCGAAGGCCACCGGGAGCGGGUCCUCAGCCUCUCCCAAGCUCUAGCCACUGAGGCUUCACAAUGGCACAGGCUGAUGACAGGCUCUCCAGGGGGAAAUUCAAACUCGCGGGGAGACUGUCUCUCUCCAGGGCCGCAGCCUCUCACCGAACUGCCCCACGUCUCCUUGUCCCCAGCUUCUCACAAGGCUAACUGUGCCACUAUGGGAUUCUCACGCCAGGGCAGUGGGCGGAGCCGAGGUCCCGCCCCUUGGGAGUCCACCUGGGACCCCGGGAACGCCCCUCCCGCACUGACCCAGGGUGAGGGGGCGUGGCCUCUGAGAGUCACUCUGCUGCAGUCCAGCUUCUGACCGGCCAAUCGCAGCGUGGGGGCGUGGCCUGGAGGUACCACCCUGCGCUGUGGGGCCAUUCAGGACGACAGGGGGCGUGGUUUGGUCCCAGGGUUACUGUGGUCAAAGAUUGAUUACCCCUACACUGUUCAAACUUGGAUUAAAACUUUGAACCAUUAGUCAAUAAAUAGCUUUAUUCUCUGUU